AUGGCCGACGACGACGACGACCCUGUGGUCGCUUCAUACGAUGUCUAUCUGACGGAGCCACUCUCCUCUAAUGAAUCAAAUACCUCCAGACUCUUCCUCCUUCAGUAUCCUGCCCAUAGACCCUAUUCGAAGCCGUACAAUGCCGCUCGAAACCAGACUCCUUCCUCCCUCCGAUUGAAAUCUAACUCUGGCUUCGUCGAGGUUGACGUUCCCAUUCUGCUGCAUGAACAUUACAAUGCCGCUGCAGGAGAAAAGUAUGGAAAGGCUAUGUCUGAGAGCCGUACCAAGCAUGCUGGUGGUACCUAUGGCCUUGCCGGAGGAUUCACAUCAAGCGGUCAUUCUAAGCUGAGGGAUGCACCGCAACAGGAUGAUUCGCACGACUCAUGGCCAAUUUUACAGACGCAGACAUUAGGCGGGAAGAUAGUGGCUCCCACUGCCCGCGACCCAAUAUAUCUUCUCGGCUGUUUCCGUCAUAACCAGAUCCACCUCUCUCCCCUUGACGCUGUCGUGCAAAUGCGUCCGCAACUGCACCAUAUCGAUGCAGAAGAGGAACUUGGCCAAAAGCGCUCUCAAUCCUCGACUGGCCCUGCAGCUGCUAGGCAAAAAGCUGGGGCAAAUGGAGUGGCAGUGAAAGUCGAGUCAAAGGCUAUUGAGAUCAAAAUCAAAGAUACAAAGGAUGAUCCCAAGGAUCGAAGUCUAAAUGAAAAUGCGAAGAUGCUUCGUGACAUACAGGUUGAUUAUUGGGACGAGCACGAAUGGAUUGAUGAAGAGGAUUCCGAUGCAAAAGAGGCAUUCCACUCACAGCUACACCUUUCCCUUUCCGGAGCACAACACCCUUCAAGGCUAAAGAGUAGCAUUAGUAAUGGUGACUGGCUGGACAAGAUGAGUGCUCCAAGAGAGGAUGGGAAGAAAGGGUUGCUCGCGAAAUUGAGAGGCCGAGAAAGAGAGCGUGCACGAAGAAAGAAGGCAGAAGAGGAAAAGCGACAGCGCCAACGAGAGGCUGUUGGAGUGGCUGCCAGUACCCAUGGCCUAUCGAUGGAUAUGAGUUCGGAUAGCGAUCUAAGCACCCCAGAAGCCUCUGAUGUUGGACACUAG